CUGAGGCUGCUGAGUCUGAAGAAUCUUCAGAAAACUGGCUUUUGCCUGCUGGUUCAUGGACUAAGGCAAAGAUGAGCAGAGCCCUGGCCCUCUUCUUUGCCCUCUGCUUGAUCCGAGAUGAAAUUCUGCUGCAAGUGUUUUCUCAGGUUCCAUAUGACCCAACAUUUGAUGAAACAAGAACAGCAGUCAGAUCCAUUACAAAGAGAGACGCACAAAAAAGCUAUUCCCAACAAAAGAGCUCGAAAGAUGCUGCAUUUGCAUCAGGUUCAAAUGAGCGAGAGGAGCAUUUGGCUAAGAUAUUUGAUGAAAUUCUACUGCAAGUCACGUCCCAGUUUCCGUAUGACCCAUCAUUUAAAGAAACAGCAGCAGUCAGAUCCAUUACAGAGAGAGACAUGAGAAAAGGAACCAGUGCUACUUGGAAUUCUCCUAAACCAGAAUAUUUCCUUGGCAGUGUGGACAAAAUUCCCAAUAAAGAUUACGUCUCAGAGGAGAAGAGGUUUAAAGAAUCCCCUCUGUUCGACAGGGAUGUAAGACAGCAGUUAACUACUGCAGAUAGAGAAACACUUGAAGGAGCAGCUAAACCAGAUGCUCACUUUAGGGCAAUGCCCUGCGGGCAGCUCCUGCACUUCCUGCAGAGGAACACCAUCAUCGCCGCAGUCUCAGGGGCGGCUGUCCUCGCAGCCACCAUGCUGUUGCUGCUCGGGUUGGCCUUAUACAUCAGGAGGAAACAGCCAUCAUCUCCUCUGGCAAAGACGACAUACAAUAUUUUUAUAAUGAAUGGAAAGACAUGGUGGCAAAAUUCUGAAGAAAAGAAUUUCACAAAAUAUGCAAAAAAACAGACACGGUUGAAGUGCAGUUCCUCUGUCUAAGCCAGGUCGUGGGGCCGUCAAGCCAGGACUUGAAACCAUGAUGCGAGGACAUUCUCCAUGUGCACACCACAGGGAAGCAGGUCGACUUCUGGCUGGGAGACGUAUUCUACUAAAGCGUCUGCUUCCCGUCCCGAUCUUGAAUGGACCGAGAAAAACUGCUUUGCCACAGGACACUUGUGGCAAAAUGGCACCGAUGGCUGGCACCAGCGAACCCGUCGGACGAUGGACUUAUCAUUUAAUAAAGCGUCGAUUCAUGUAUUCAGU